AUGAAGUCACAUCCCUGUCUGUCCAACUGCUUCGCCUGGUUCAUAAUUUCAGCCAUAGUCACUGCUCUGAUUGGCUUCAACUCAGAUGAAGGUUUCCUUUCGAUCGACUAUGAUAAUCACAGGAUCCUAUCGGAACAAAGCCCUGAGCGAAAACUUAGAAUUCUGUACACUGUGACAACUCUAGCAGAAUAUGACGGAGGCAGUCGUUCGACGACAAAGGGGUCGGAUCGGAUGCAGAAUGUACUCAUUCCUGUAGUCAAAGAGAGCGUUGAUUCUAUGCUGAGCCAUGGAUUCGAGGUUGACGUCUUCAUCGUUGCAUUCUACAAAAUGACACGGUUCGAACUGAUACGCAAUGCAUUGCCACCCUCUGUCAAAAUUUCUAUUUGGGACGAAGCAGCUCCAUUGUCAUACAAGGGGGAUGAACAUAUGAAACCAAACGCCAAGCUUCAUCAUAACACAAUCGGACUUGCACGUCAGCAUAGGUUUGUGGUCAAAGAUCAUCUUUUUGAGUAUGAUUUCUUUUGCAAUUGGGAAGAUGAUAUGGUUAUUCAUGGUGAUCAUAUCGAGAAUUAUCUUGACAUGACAAAAGAGCUAUACCGGCUUCGCGAAUUGGCGCCAGAUGAUAAAUUGGACAAUCGGCAAGGAAGCAAUAACUUCUUUGGUCCAUUGAACAAAGAACAGCUGAAACGAACGCUGCCAGGAUUCAUUAGAGUGGAAGCGUUACUAGAUGAAGAGACGUACGGAACCCAACCUGAACUAGAUCCAGUUCCAGUCAAAGAAAGACCAGAAAUCGACCCGAAACCAUGUUGCCACUUGAGAAAUGAAUCGUUUGCGAGUCCAACCAGACCAGCUGCACCGCUAUCGAACAAGCUGUUCAUGUGGGAGGUCGGAAUCAAGGCAGUAGGAAUUCGUCAUAUGCCAGAUGAGUCAAACCUGGGAUGGGUACUGCUACAACGAGGCCCAAGUCGCGGAAAGGAUGUAGUGGAUGACCAUACAAUGUCAGACUAUUGGUCAAACCAACUUAACAAGUAUUUCAAGGAACGACGACCCUCGAGCAUUUCUUUCCAUGGUAUCAACAACCAAGGGGGCUGGAUGGGAACACAAAGGCAGAUAUGGGAGUGGCACACGGAGGUGUGUCCAGGAGGUUUCCUGCCACCGUACGAAGCCCCACACUAUCGGUUUGAUGGUUUAGAUAUGCGAAAUGUGGAAUGGUGGAGUGGAGGCAUUAGUUUGGUGACCGCAAGACACGCCUGUAACAUGCAACGCCUGAUCAGUCUAGAGCCCUCGCGAUUUGCCAGACAUUUGUUGUACCACUCGGCCAAUAACAAACAGCGCCAGCUGCAAUUUAAGAAGAAGACAUUUGUCAAGGUGAAUGACUUCUAUGCACAAUUGCUGACGGUCCAAAACGAUGCUACAAAGGACAUGAACAAGUUAAAACGGAUGAAAUCAUUUUAG